CGCCAAACAAAAAUGUAAACAUAACCUCAAGUAACCCCUGGCUAUUUCAGUCCCUGUUUUGUUACUAACAGUUGUUCAUCCCCUUGUAUAUAUUACUUACACUUUACUGACACACACAUACUUCCAAGAUGUUUGAUAAUCAAAAUGCUAGUGACACAAAUAAAAUAUAGUGUAGUUUUAUUUUUCCAAUUAUCUCUUUUAGUUGCUGAUCUAGUAAUUAAUGCUUUUGGUGAUAAAAUUAGAUACAACAGUGGGUUACUUCUUUUACUAUACAUCAUCCAGGACAGUCUGCAAGUUCUGUCGUUGACCGUUUUGUUUAUCAGUAUUUUCCAAACCAAUGUCUUUCAGGCAGGGUUUGUGGAGCUGUUGUACGCCCGGUUCCGAGGGGCUGUGAUUACCGCAAUGGUAUAUCUACUACUGACGAUCUGUCUCCAGACCUGGGCACUGUCCGAACGAUGGGACAUGCCUCUUGCCUACAACUGGCCGACCUUCAUGGGUGUGCUCUACACGCUACAGCGAGCCGCUUCCUGCCUUCACUACUACUGCUACAAAAGAUCUGUUCUGUGCCUGACUGAUCCGAGGUUCUACGAUGACAACUGGAUCACCCAGCAGAUCAGCGAGAGCAGAUGAGCUUCUCAGUCAAAGAAACGAAAAUCAAAACCAACCUUUGCCUCAGUGCCAUUUCAAUCAGAAUCAAAAAUAUAUAAUAAGGUGUGAUAUGCAACAAGUUUGUAUAUGAGGAUGUUACAUAUGGAUAGUUUUAUUUGCUUGUAUAAUAGUUGAAUAAAUGUUUUCCAAUAGAUUUACUUAA